CAAACCUGUUGGCUACGUUGACGAAUUAGGUCAAGCGUUUUAACGACUCUGUGCUGUCAAAUGGCGGAUGGUGAAACUGAUAAACAUAACAAACAAAUAGGGGAAAAUUCAACCCGUAGAACAUCUCUGCAGUUAUAUUAAAACUAUAUAACAUAUAAGGCGGAGGUAUGGCUACAAUGAAUUCAGGGCAUCACGGAAUGAAGAGAAUCUUUCGAAAAAUUAGCUACUGUUUUGUUUUCCUGUCUAGAAUCAAUGGAACUCUACAUGUAAGAAACCACUCCCAACAAGUGUCAGUCCACCACAGUCACAGUCCAGGGACCAAGCACACCAGUAACUUCCGUGUAGCCAGCCUCUGUUUUCUUUUCCUGAGACGAUUGCAUGCAUUUGAAGGGAGAACUACCCAGAUUUCUUCAUCAUUCCACACAAAACAAAGCAGCAGGAAAAGGAAAAGUCUUCCGAGUACUCCAAAGUGCACAUGCUGCAACCUGAAAACAGGCUCAGCCACAAGCGAUGAACAGACUAAAACCAUACUGACUCACACCUUGAGGGAGCUGGUGCCUAAACUCUCCAGAAUCUGUAUCGGCCAGAACCCGUACAGCUCCAGCCAGAUCUGGACAGCCGAUAAGAAACCUCCAGGGUGGCCCUCCGAGAACGGGAUCAAAUGGAAGGAUCCCAAUAAUAAUCCCAAAGAUUCCUUGGAAGUCUUGCAGAAAAAGAUGAGUGUCCUCCUAGACAUGUGCAAGACCAAAAACAUUCCUGUGGAGUACCAGAGAGAAAUCAAGGCCUACCUGAAUGUCUGUGACGAUCUCAAGUCUAAUGACACACCAGACAUCUCAUCCCUGCAGAUUCUCAGACAGCAGAGAAAGAAGUCCCAUGAGCUGGCUCUGGCUUGCAGACAUUUUUCCGAGAUGGUGAAGUGGCAUGGAGCCCCCGAGAGAUCCACAUUCCUUGAAAGUGAACUCAUCAACCUUUGUCUGGUGUUACAGAAAGCUAAUGCAGACAGGACGCUUAAUGCACAGUUUGAAGAGGUCUACUUCGCUAUUGCACAGGCAGAGGGAACCCAGGAAUCUCCAGGAGAAUUCAUGGAACAGUUCAACUCCACCACGAGGGCCCCCUUAGAUGGCGGCGCCCCGAUGCCACAUUUCAGCAUGGGGAACCGUGGCUCCCUGGAGCGAGCCUCGUUCCAGAAUAACCACAUGGCUGCCUCCCUUCCUCCUGUCCAUUCCCAAAUGAACAAUUGCAGGUUUCCAAACUUAAACAGUAUGGAGGUGACCAUGACAGAGACGUCAGAAUUCCAAGCUCCGACAGAGAUGGAUUAUUCCAUGGAGUACAUGGACUGCGACAAAAGACAAGUCACAGCCAACAGGAUGAUGAUGCACAAGAGGAUUCGUGGAAACCGGGAAAAUGGACGGACGUUUAUCAACUUAAAAAGUACGGAAAAACUACAUCUCUCUCAUGAACAACCUUCAUUUGCUUCAAAAAAUUGGUAUUACACAGAAUUUGUUGAACAUUCGCAACAGGGCAUCAAGUUAGAAUGUCUCCGUGACACAGCUUCAGAAUCACAAAACACCAGCAUCACAUGGUACAAAAAUGGAGUACAGGUGAUCCCAAAUGAAAGAGUUCAGUUGCUCAGUAGGAAUGAGGAACUGUUCAUUAAGGACCCAUUGACGGAUGAUACAGGAUGGUACAACUGCUCCCUCUGGUAUCAAGGCUACAUUACAGACAGCUACGCAAGGGAGAUAACAGUGGAUGAGCGAAAUCAAAAGACUGCUCCAAGGGUGGUCCAGGUAGAUCCAGAAAGUCGAGUGAAGUACAUCAAGCUGGGUGACAGCUUCAACAUCAGUUGUACUUUUUAUGUGGGGAAUCCUAACAAAAACAACCCUUUAGGUUUUUCUUUGGAGAGAAACUGGAGAUUCAAUGGUACAGAUCUUACAGACACUGAGAAGACAACAUAUGGAUUCAGCACCAGUGCCAACCAAACAGAGUCCAUGCUCCUAUUGACUGUAAACAAUGCCACAGAGGAAGACUUAGGCACCUAUCAAUGUGUUGGAAGCAAUGCUCUUGGAAGUGACCACCAAAAUAUCACUGUUGAAAUAGCUCAACCAGGAGGAGACCCGACCAAUAUCCUGCCACUUUGGGCCAUCAUUAGUGUAGGUGCUGGUGGGUUCGUUCUCUUACUCUUCCUAUUGACUGUUGGCUUAUUGAUCAGAAAACGGCACCAAGAGAAAAUGGAAUGGCCAGCCCCAGAUACAGAGCACUAUGACGUCCCCGAAUGUGAACUGGAGUAUGAUGUGUUCAUCUCCUACAGCAGUGAGGACGAGGACUGGGUAAAACAGGAGCUGUUAAAGAACCUGGAGGCUGAGGGCUACAAGGUGUACAUCGACUUCAAGGACUUUGUACCAGGCAUGGCUAUAGCUGAAAAUGUGUUGGAUGCAGUGUACAAAAGCAGGAAGACAAUAAUAGUGAUGUCCAAGAACUUUCUCAAGUCUAUGUGGGGACAGUACGAGCUUCAGCAAGCCCACAACAAGGCCAUCGUCAAGAGGGAUGACGUGUUGGUUUUAAUCAAGUUUGGAAAGUGUAAAGUUCCAGCCAAGUUGAUGGGGAAGACCUUCCUUGACUGGACAGACAAAAGUGUGAAACCUCACUUCUGGGGCAGGCUGGCAGACUUCCUUGGAAAGCCAGGAGAUUUCCAAAACAGCUUGGAAUCUGAGGAAGAUAAGCAAAAAGACCUGGAAACAGAAAACUCAAUCAGCAAUUGCAACAAUCUUCUCCGAAUGACUUCAGACUAUGACAGUGAUUUUGGGGACAUGGAGAGUUCAGAAGACGUGUUUCUGUCGCCUGGUUCCGAAAGACUGCUAGGGCUACAGAGGCAGAAUGCACUUCAGUCAGGGGAGAGAAUGACGUCUGCUAGUUCACGGAACAGAAUGAGCACGGAGACAAACUCCAGGGUCAGCUGUGACGAUGAGUCCCAAAGACUCAUAUCCUAGACAUAAUUUUCGUGUUUUUCCUGCAGUGAUUUUGAUUCCUAUUUUAGUACAUGUAGUGCUGUGAUUUUUGUUGAAAUUUAAGGCAAGUAAUGUUGAUCGUUUUUGGUAGAGGCAUUUUUAAAAUGUAUUUUAAAUUCUACUCUUUGAUUUUUCAUUAUUUUGUACUUUUUAUUAAGUGAUGAUUCUUGUUGACUUUUAUUAGCAAUUAACUGAUGAUGAUUUUUUUUGUAGAGGCAUUUUUUAGAUGAUUUCUAAUAUGGUUUUAAACUUUAUAAACACUAUUUUUUGGUUUUAUAUAUAUAUAUAUAUGCCAGAUUGGGUAUACAUUUGUCAUUUCAUGGGCAAAGAAUCAAAAAUAUUUUGUUUAUUUUUUUCCCAUUAUGAUCAUGCGUAUGGUAACUUAAAAUUUACUUUUUGAUAAAGAUGAACAUCUUCAUCAAUUUUAUUUAAAACUUUGAACAAAUAUCUAGGGUACUCUGCUUGUUGAAUCCUCUGACUUUUUGUAGGAUACAUUGUACUACGAUUGAGAAUAAUUAAAGUUGGUGCAAUUUUAUGUCUCAUACAUGCUUCACAUGGUUCAGGGAUGUCACCUUUUACAUCUUUUAAGCAUUCCAUUAGUGUUAACCUAUUUCUGAUUCCUACCUCUCUUUUUGUUGUAAAGAUUAUAAAGUUAAUUUAAUUUUUUUUAUUGUAAUGGGUUGUAUACUUGAAAUAGUUGAAAUGUAACGAUGUUAAUUUUAAAACCAUGUUCUAAUGUGGCUAUAGACAAUUGUAAUGCAUUAUUCUCUAGUUCUUAGUUUUAAAUCAUGGUUUCUUGUUUGUUGAUGAACAAAGAAUUUCUUGGUAUCAAAUUGAUGUACAAGGUAUAUGAGACUUUUUUUGACGUUGCAUAUGCAUAAUAUAGACAUAUAUUUUAAUCAAAUACUCAGGCGUAACACCAAGCAACAUCACCCAAUUUCAGAGCCAUUUUGAAUUUGAAACAGAUUACCCCCCCCCCUUUCAAUUUUUUAGACUCAAAAUUCCAGAGUUUUUUUCAUAAAUUUCAUUAUACAUUUUCAUACAAUAUAUAAAAGGUAUUAAUUAUUUGAACUAAUGAGGUUGUAAAUGCAAUCUUACACUGUUUAAUGGCAUGUUACUUAUAUGUUUAUAUAUUUAUAUAAUGUUAAGUUUACUAUUAUAGAAUUAUUCUUGUUAUCAUUCCAUCACAUUUAGGCUCACCUGAGAAAACAUUCAAGUGAGUUUUGAGUUUUUGAGUAAUUUGAGUUUGUUCAAAUUAUAACCCAGGGGUAAGUAAUGAGAAAAUUAAGAUUUCAUCAUAGAAAUAAAUAGAAGACAAGUCCUCAAUUAUUUUCUGAAAACCAUAUUUUAAAGUAGUCAUAUUUUACAUGAAUGCAUUCUUUAUAAAAACAAGUUUAAAUACAGUAUUUUCAUUGUGCACAUGUGUUGUGUUGUUUGUGGCUUUAUAUUUUGAAGGUAUUAUAUUUGAUAUUACUGCUCACUUAAUUCUGCUGUACGUCUGUACAUAAAAAUGUCUAUUCACAAUGUUCAUGUCAAGACAUUAAAUAUAUAUAAAAAAAAAAUCAUUUUUUCUGAAUCUCUUUAUGCAUAUUUUUGUCUGUUGAUUUGGCAUAAGGUGUUUGAAUUUUCAGUUUCUGCAUACAUGGCUUAACCUGUCACACCCCCAUUAAUUACGGUUAUUUAUGAAACCAAUAAAAGUAGUAGAAAGGUUUCUAGUGAAGUAGUUUGAUUUUGCAGUGAUAGUUGAAGUGUUCUUAAAUUUUACUUUGGAACAAUAUCCGUGACUUCAAUCUCGAAUUAUACAAGACUAUAUUAGAAGAUUCUGUUUUUUAUAUAUAUAUAAUGGCUAUAAAAGAACUCGCACUAUUGUACAAGACAGGGAUAUGGUCAGGGUCUUGACGUGCAAAUGAUAUCAAACUUG